AUGCAGACACCGCAGCAGCAGACGCCGCAGCAGCAGACGCCGCAGCAGCAGACACCGCAGCAGCAGACGCCGCAGCAGCAGACGCCGCAGCAGCAGACACCGCAGCAGCAGACGCCGCAGCAGCAGACGCCGCAGCAGCAGACGCCGCAGCAGCAGACACCGCAGCAGCAGCAGCACCGCAGCAGCAGACACCGCAGCAGCAGCAGACGCCGCAGCAGCAGCAGACGCCGCAGCAGCAGACGCCGCAACAGCAGCAGACGCCGCCGCAGCAGCAGACGCCGCAGCAGCAGCAGACGCCGCAGCAGCAGACGCCGCAGCAGCAGACGCCGCAGCAGCAGACGCCGCAGCAGCAGCAGACGCCGCAGCAGCAGCAGACGCCGCAGCAGCAGCAGACGCCGCAGCAGCAGCAGACGCCGCAGCAGCAGUAGACGCCGCAAGCAGCAGCAGACGCCGCAGCAGCAGACGCCGCAGCAGCAGCAGACGCCGCAGCAGCAGCAGACGCCGCAGCAGCAGCAGACGCCGCAGCAGCAGACGCCGCAGCAGACGCCGCAGCAGCAGCAGACGCCGCAGCAGCAGACGCCGCAGCAGCAGACGCCGCAGCAGCAGACGCCGCAGCAGCAGCAGACGCCGCAGCAGCAGACGCCGCAGCAGCAGACGCCGCAGCAGCAGCAGACGCCGCAGCAGCAGACGCCGCAGCAGCAGCAGACGCCGCAGCAGCAGACGCCGCAGCAGCAGACGCCGCAGCAGCAGCAGACGCCGCAGCAGCAGCAGACGCCGCAGCAGCAGCAGACGCCGCAGCAGACACCGCAGCAGCAGACGCCGCAGCAGCAGACGCCGCAGCAGCAGACACCGCAGCAGCAGACGCCGCAGCAGCAGACGCCGCAGCAGCAGACGCCGCAGCAGCAGACACCGCAGCAGCAGCAGACACCGCAGCAGCAGACACCGCAGCAGCAGCAGACGCCGCAGCAGCAGCAGACGCCGCAGCAGCAGACGCCGCAACAGCAGCAGACGCCGCCGCAGCAGCAGACGCCGCAGCAGCAGCAGACGCCGCAGCAGCAGACGCCGCAGCAGCAGACGCCGCAGCAGCAGACGCCGCAGCAGCAGCAGACGCCGCAGCAGCAGCAGACGCCGCAGCAGCAGCAGACGCCGCAGCAGCAGCAGACGCCGCAGCAGCAGUAG